UUCCACAAGACAUUCUCUCUCUCUACACACUCUCUCUCUCUCUCUUUCACACAGAAGAGACCACACUACACAACACGCUUAUACACCCAACUUUCUCUCCUUCCUCUUCUCUCUCCAUUGCCAUUUACUGUUCUAGGCUUAUCUCCCUUGUUUUUCUGAGCUGAAGUGCUAAACUACUUCUCUCUAUAACUUGUGUUUCUCGGCAGAAACUUUCUAAAAAGAAAAUUGGCACUAGGCAAAUGGAUACAGCAAAAUAUACACCCAUUAAUGGUGGAAAAACUCUCUUUACAGACCUGAAAGCUCACUUUUCUUUUCUGAAAACCAAAAGAACUGUUACUUGUGCAUAUGGGUUCAUGUUUGUAUUCGUUGCUGUUACAUUUUUCUUGGCUUUUAGUCCUUCCCCUAACUCAUCUUCUCCUUGGUUCACAAACAUUUUCUCUUUAAGCAGUAGCACUAGUACUAGUGGAACUAUUUCUACAACAUCAGCUCCAAUUUCCUCUGAUCAAUCUUAUGGAUCUCACUUUUCUUCAGUUUAUUCUUACUUUUUUCCCAACUCUUCACAGCAAGUUCAAAACUUUACUACUCCCAGAUCCCAAAACUCAACAUUUGAGCCUCCCAAUUUGCAAAAAGAAUUGGGUAUUGGGAAAAAUGUGACUUCAAAUAAUGACUCACAUGAUAAAGUUGAAGUCUUGAAAAACCCCUUGAAGCCUUCUGUGAAUGUGACAGCUCAAAAAUCUUCGUCUGGGUCGAAUCAAGAAUCAUCAAGUGUAAAGAAUCAGCCCCAAAGUAAAGAUUUUGAUGAUAAAGUUGGAGUAUUGAAGGCAAAUCAGAGCUCAAAUUCAGCACCAAAAUCUUCUUCUGGAACUAAUGAAGAAUCAUCAAGCGCAAAGAAUCAGACCCAAAGUAAUGAUAAAGUUGGAGUCUUGAAGGCAAAUCAGACCACAAAUUCAGCACCAAAAUCUGCUAAUGGGAGUAAAGAGAACGAAAUUGAGGGAGUGAAGAGUAAUUUCACAUCUUCGUUUGUGAAAAAACAGAGUAAUGGGACUAACUUAGAUGUGUCGGCAAAGAAGAAGGAUGAAGAUGUGGUUAAGUCUUUGUUGGAUUGUGAUUUCUUUGAUGGGAAUUGGGUGAAAGAUGAGUCUUACCCUUUGUAUAAACCUGGUUCUUGUUCUCUUAUUGAUGAGCAAUUCAACUGUUUUCUCAAUGGUAGACCUGAUAGUAAUUACAUCAAAAUGAAAUGGAAGCCCAAUGCCUGUACUCUUCCAAGAUUGAAUGGCACUCAUAUGCUGGAAUUAUUGAGAGGAAAAAGAUUAGUAUUUGUUGGUGAUUCACUCAAUAGGAACAUGUGGGAAUCACUUGUUUGCAUACUUAGAAACUCUGUAAAAGAUCAGAAGAAGGUUUAUGAAGAAUUUGGGAGACACCAUUUUAGGACAGAAGCUUCCUAUUCAUUUCUAUUCGAAGAGUACAAUUGCAGAGUGGAGUUCUUUGUAUCUCCUUUCUUGGUUCAAGAAUGGGAAUUUGCAGAUAAAAAAGGAGUGAAGAAGGAAACUCUUAGACUUGAUUUAAUUGGACAGUCUGCUGAUAAAUAUAAAAAUGCAGAUAUAUUAGUCUUCAACACCGGCCACUGGUGGACUCACGAGAAGACUUCCUUGGGGAAGGACUAUUAUCAAGAAGGAAGUCACGUGUACAGCGAAUUAGAUGUCCUUGAAGCAUUUCGAAAAGCUUUAACAACAUGGGGAAGAUGGGUUGAUUCCCAUGUAAAUCCCCACAAGACAUUUGUUCUCUUUAGAGGUUAUUCUGCAUCUCAUUUUAGUGGUGGACAGUGGAAUUCAGGUGGAGCUUGUGACCAUGAAACAGAACCAAUCAAGAACAACACAUAUCUUACUCCUUAUCCAUCUAAGAUGAAUGUAUUGGAGAGAGUAUUGAGAGGAAUGAAAACUCAAGUCUCCUAUCUCAAUGUCACAAGAAUGACAGAUUAUAGAAAAGAUGGUCACCCAUCAAUAUAUAGGAAACAAAAAUUGACCAAUGAGGAGAAGAAAUCUGAAUUGUUGUUCCAAGAUUGCAGCCAUUGGUGCCUCCCUGGUGUACCUGAUGCUUGGAAUGAGCUUCUAUAUGCCAAACUCUUAGUAAAUCAACACAUGAAAAAACAAGAUGACAAAAAGACAUAAAGGGGCGGGCUCAUUAUUCAUCGAGUGAGUUUCGAACUCUGCGUUAUUGACCCUCGAGGAUGGAUUUCUCGGUUAUGGUACCCAAAAAAACGGGUAACAAGCACUUGGAGAAAGAGUAUGUUCAUAUUGUAAACUAUAUAUGCGAGAUUAGAGAAGUUUUCUUUAGGAGAGAUAUGUGAACUUAGAGUAAUUUAUUUUAUGUGUAUUUAUAAGAGGAGAGUGACAAAGAGAUUUUGACUGUUUACUUAUAAUCAAACAGUUGUAAGUCUCUGUUACUUGCUUCCUAUAUUUUACCGAGUCUUAAGGGCUCGACACUGUAAAUUUCAUAAUUACUUACACUAUUUAUUUCAAAUUAAUUAAUGUUACAUACGUUUAAUUAUGUUUGUUGGA